AUGGAUUACUCCAAAUCAACAAUAUUGGCACGGCUCGCAAGCUUCGACACACUCAAAGUAAUCGUCGGGCUGUAUAUUGCGCAGGUCAUUGCUGUAAAGGCAUACUGGCUCUUCAUCUACCCUUACUAUGUCUCUCCACUAAGACAUCUGCCAGGACCGAAGGACCACCACUUCCUCAUCGGCCAGGCGAUCAACCAGUUCAAGAGCGGGAGCCCUAACGAGCCCUACGUCUCGUGGAUGCGCAGGUGGCCCACGGCGUCCAUGAUCCGCUACUUCACGUUCGGCAACUCGGACGCGCUGCUGGUCACGAGCCUCGCCGCGCACAGGGAGAUCCUGCAGACAAAGUGCUACUCGUUCGAGAAGCCCGAGUUCUUCAGGCGGCUAAUCGCCGACAUCGUCGGCGUGGGCAUCGUCUUCGCCGCCGGCGAGGAGCACAAGCGCCAGCGGAAGUUCCUGGGCGCGCUGUUCUCUGUUGCCAACAUCAAGGCGAUGGUGCCCAUGUUUCAGGACAAGGCGAGGGAGCUGACUGCGCUUUUUGAACAUGCUAUUGAGGAGGACGGUGGUGUUGUAGAGCUCGUGUCGACGUACUCGAAGAUAAUGCUGGACAUCAUGGGCGUUUUUGCUUUAGGAAAGGAGCUGAACAACCUGCGGUCUGCCUCAGGGAGUUCUUUUCACGACUGUUACCAUGAGGUGUUUGAACCGGACGCGAUGGGCCAAGUCCUGGUUGCAAUAAAUGCCUUUAUUCCGAUACGGUCGUGGCUGCCCCUGAAGGCGAAUAAGCGUUUUGUGCAUGCCAAUGCAAUUGUGCAUGGUGAACUGGGUUCUAUCGUCAAGCAGCGAAUUGCAGAAAUUGGUGAGAGAAGAAAACGGGGUCUAGAAGACAACAGCGUAGGAGUCAAGGACUUGUUGACAUAUAUGGUGGAAGACAAAUAUUACGCUUCAGACGAAGAUAGAUGGACUGAGGAGGAUAUUCUCAAUCAGGUGCUCACCUUCAUGGCUGCAGGACACGAGACGACUGCAAGCUCUUUAGUAUGGAUGACAUAUGUUUUUACACAGUAUCCUGAGAUCACCAAACGCCUACGACAGGAGGUUCAAGAGCUGUUAAGGCGCACACCAAACCCAGAUUACAUUGACAUUGAGAAUCUACCUCAUCUGAACAACUUCACUCGAGAGUUGCUGCGAUGGCAGUGUCCAGCUGUCUCCGCACCUCGCGAGGCCGUAGAGGAUGUGAUUAUCCAGGGUGUCCACAUUCCAAAGGGCACGACAGUGGUUAUGAUGCCAGCCGUGGUCCAGCAUAACCCGACCAUCUGGGGAGAUGACUGCGACGUGUUCAAUCCGGAUCGAUGGGAUCGGCUGGACGGAGAGUCUGCUGAUUCUCACGCAUACGCGGCAUUCAUGCAGGGUCCGAGGAUGUGUAUCGGCAAGGUCAUGACCGUGGUUGAGUUCAAGGCAAUCUUGAUCGAGGUCCUGAGCAAGUUCGAGUUCGAAGUCAUCGAUACUGGCAAGGUGGAACUCCUGAACCCGAGCCCCUUACUGCGACCUAAGGGGGGAUUGAAGGUCCGGGUGAAGAGGCUCUGA